AGUAGCCGAAAUCUUUGUUUACAAAUGAUGUUUUUUUCAUAGCAACCUAUUUUUAUAUAUCUAAAUUUUGAAAUUUAAUUUCUUCUUUACGACAAAUUCACUGAUUUUAAUUAUUUACAAUCAAUGAAAUGCUUUCGCGAUCCAGGGUAUCAUCCUGGAAGCUGCAGCGAUUUCUUACAAGAUUAUUCUCAUUGGAUAAAGGAGAAGGUUGUAAAAAGGAUAUUUCAAAAUAUACGACACCUGCAAAAUUAAAAACAUGUCAGUUGGAUCCUUGUAUGAUAGAUCCAUGCAAACCAGAACCAAAUAUAGUUAUCAUAGGUGCUGGUAUGGCCGGAUUAUCAGCAGCUCAUCGAUUGGUUCAAUGUGGCUUUCACAAUUUUACAAUUUUAGAAGCGACAGAUAGACCAGGUGGUCGAAUCCAUUCUUGCUGGCUGGGUGAUGUAGUAGCAGAAAUGGGUGCCACAUGGAUUGAGGGUGGUUGUGUGGCAAAUCCAGUGUACACUUUGGCAGCACAGGAAGGUCUUCUGAAAUCGCCACUCUCCAAGUCGAAUCUCAGUCGCGGACUCUUCUGCACCAGCGAUGGUCGAGCCAUCGAUCUUCCAGUCAGCAUCACAGCAUAUCACACCUUCCGGCAAAUCGAGCAACAAGCGGCAGCUCUCUUCGUCCUUGGCUGUGGUCGUGCCCAUGGUACGUUGCUAAACUUUAUGGGCAUGAGAAUUCAGCAAGAGCUACAGAACUUCCCCGAGGAGCAACGAUAUGAUGCUGCAAGGGUGAUGUACGGCAUGACGAAUAUCGUCAAGUGUCGAUGUGGGGAUGAUCUUUCACUCGUCUCGGCCGAUCAAUUCGGCAGUUACAUCGAGAUUCCUGGUGGUAAUAUUAGAGUGCCCUUGGGAUAUGUAGGGGUGCUGGCUCCCUUGCUUCGAGAUCUACCUAGUUGUUGUGUCAGGUAUUGCAAACCGGUUAGUUGCAUUCGAUGGGGUGCAGUGAAUGAAGCAUGUCCCCGGGCCGUCGUAAAAUGCAGAGAUGGCGAGGAAUUUCCCGCUGAUUAUGUCAUCGUGACAGUUUCGCUCGGUGUUCUGAAGCAUCAGCACGCGAAGAUGUUUUUACCUGGAUUGCCCGCUGAGAAAGUCGAAGCAAUCAACAAGCUUGGCUACGGACACGUGAACAAAAUCUUCCUCGAAUACGCGAGGCCCUUCUGGGUUUGGCGUGAAGGCAGCAUCAAUUUGGCUUGGUCCGCCGAAGAGUUGGCGAAUCGAUGCGAUUGGGUGAAAGGGGUGGUGAAUGUGGAAGAAUUGCCGAAUUCUCAGCAUGUGUUGUGUGCCUGGGUAUGCGGACGCGAAGCAACGGACAUGGAACUAUGUUCCGACGAGGAAGUAGUGGAGUCAAUGACGGCGCUUCUUCGUCAAUUCACUGGUGAUACUACGUUACCCUAUCCAGCCAACAUUCUCAGGACCAAAUGGUGCAUGGAUCAAUACUUUGCCGGAGCUUACAGUUACAUGGCAAUGGACAGCAUUAUUGGUCAUCAAUGUGAUCUGGCUAGUCCGUUACCAGACUCGUGCGAAUCGAUACCUCCCAUACUUUUAUUCGCGGGUGAGGCUACUAUACCAGGUCAUUAUAGUACUGUACAUGGUGCAAGGCUCAGUGGUAUUCGUGAAGCAGAAAGAAUCAUUCAAUUGACAAAACAAUUUAAUGGUCCGCCAAAAAAAAUACCUGCCAAAUCGUGAUUCAACCAAUAAACAUAUAUGUACCUGUGAAAAGACUAUUUUGUGAUA